AGCAGCGCGAGCUUUUCAUUCUACCUGCUGAUCCCGCGCUGAUUAAAGCAUGGCCAAAUCUCAGUCGAGACGCUGCUGCCUGUGCGUACUCGCUUUAGUGUGCUCUGUUGCAAUUAUCUGCAUUUGCAUACUUUUAGCAACCAAACAGAGAUGCGCCUUCACAAACGCUGCUGUUGCUGCGGACUCUCUCAUGUGCUCCAACAUCGGCAGGGACAUGCUGAUUCAGGGGGGCUCAGCGGUGGACGCAGCCAUCGCAGCGCUGCUCUGCACUGGACUGGUCAAUCCACAGAGCAUGGGCUUGGGUGGAGGGGCCAUCUUCACCAUUAUGGACAAAGCAGGCAAAGUGAAAAUCAUCAGCUCAAGAGAAACGGUCCCAAAAGGUGUCCAGGCGGAUCUGCUGAAUAAGUGUCCAAAAACACUGUUAGUACCAGGAAUUCACUGGAUAGGCGUACCAGGAGAAAUCCGUGGCUAUGAACGGGCUCAUCAGUUGUAUGGAAAGCUGCCCUGGGCCAAACUGUUCGAGCCCUCCAUCAAGCUGGCACGAGAGGGCUUCCCCAUGCCAGACUACCUCAAUCAAAUCUUCCAAAUAAUUAAGAAGGAAAAUUUAGCUGAACAGCUAAUUCACAGCACUGGACUCUGUGAACUCUUCUGCCACAAGAACAAGACGUUUUUUGGCCCAGGGGACAUCUUGAAGUUCCCCCGGCUAGCAGAAACCAUGGAAACUAUUGCUAAAGAAGGAGCUGAUGCCUUUUACACUGGAAAAAUUGCCAAAGACUUGAUAAAAGAUGUACAAGCAAAAAAUGGAACAUUAUCAUUAGAAGAUCUGAGCACUUUUGAGGUCAGAGUGAAUGAUGCGUGGACAGUCCAACUAGGAGAAUACAAGAUGUACUUCCCUCCUCCACCAGCAGGGGGAGCGAUACUGAGCUUUAUCCUGAAACUAAUGCAUGAGUUCGGGCUUUCUCCAGCCUCCAACAAAGGAGACCAGAAAACCUUGACUUUGCAUCGCUACCUAGAGGCAGUCAAGUUUGCAAAUGGACAAAAGCAUAACCUUAAAGACCCCCUCUUCAGCUCCAGAGAUAUGACGUACAUCACAGAUGAGAAGUUCAUCAAGCAAAUCAGGGCUAAGAUCACUGACGGCCCUACGCACGACGCCUCUUACUACAACAUCACCCCGUCAGUCGACCGCUUUGGCACAACGCAUGUUUCGGUGAUGGCAGCAGAUGGCACUGCUGUGUCAGUCACCAGCACCAUCAACCAAUUGUUUGGGUCAGCCUUUUACUCUCCUAAAACGGGUAUCAUUCUCAACAACGAGCUUGCUGACUUCUGCGGCCGAGUAGAUUCCAUCAAACCAGGCGAACAGCCUCCCUCCUCGAUGGCUCCUGCCAUACUGCAGUCCCAGCACAAGACUCUGGUGAUUGGUGGAUCAGGAGGAAGUUUCAUCACCACAGCCAUGGCCCUGUCCAUUAUGAACCACUUGUGGUUUGGGAUGAACCUUAACGAAUCUAUCGCUGCUAAAAUAGUAUCUGUGGACUCCAGUAACAACAUCAGCUUUGAAAGUGGAUACAACCAAUCUACUAUUGAGGCGAUGAAGGCAUUAAAACACAAUGUGCAGAAAUCCAAUUAUUUUUUCAAUGUGGUCAAUGGCAUAUCGAAAGAAGGACAGUGCUUCACUGCCGUAUCUGACGCCAGGAAGUCCGGCGGCUCGGCGGGAUACUGACCCUGCCGUCAGCUGUUAGAGAUUAGUGUGGUGAUUCAUCAGGUCCUGGAGGAAAUGAGGGUGGAAACAAAGGGUCAGCGCUCCCUUUCAGCGACACCUGUAGACACCAUAAAUUCAAACACGGGGUGAUUGUGUACAGGGUGUAUGUUGUGUACUCUUUUGUGUACUCUUACAAAAGAGAAUUACUGUAAGAUUUGGGUGCAUGUGAAUAUGUCUUGUAUAACUAGUUGUCACAUGGAGGAAAGGGCAAUAUCUCAGAAACCACACUAGGAUACGUUCAAACAAGAGUCAGCUAUUUAAAGGGUUAGAAUAAAAUAUAUAAAAUAUCUUAAUUUGUGUUCUGAAGAUGAACAAAGGACUUGCAGGUUUGGAACGGCAUGAGGGUGAGUAAUUAAUGACAAUUUUCAUUUUUGUGUGAACUAACCCUUUAAUAUAGGUUGAUUUUAAGGUUGAACUGUGUUUUUUUUUUUUUUUUUACCAUAAAUGUCAGGUUGUGGUAAGUUGUCUGGAGUUGCAUAAAUCGCUACAGUGAUGAUGUUUUUUUGUAGGCCAACCCAUAGGUUCGCAUUGGUUCCCUUUGACAAAAACCAAACAGGAUUUUUCCAUUGGCUUUUGGAUUAAUGCAGAAAAUACUCUCUGUGACCAACAAAAGACCAUGAUUCUUACACAUUUUGUACAUCAUGACAGUCUUCACAAAUUAACACAACUUUUAUUAAUUUUGACCCCUAAAUAUAAUCGGCAGACGAACUGCACCUCGAACGCAUGGCUUCAACAUUACCACCGUUAAGCUUCCGAUAACUCUUUCAGUCUUUGUUUAAAUUCAUUUUCCCUGAAAGAACACGAUUAUACACAGAACAUGGCUGUAAAAGCCCCUUUAAAGACAAGUCAUUUCACUCGGUGGCCAUCUUUGAAACGCUUCUCAGGCAUUCAAGUGCAGCUCCUAUCUCUUUUGAAUGGGGAAAGCUUUCCAUUAAAUUUCAUAUUUGAAACCACCAAUGAAAUCUGACAACAUAAAUUUUGUUUCUAAAUGCUUGAAUCAUGACAAAAAACUGUAUUUUUCAGGCUGGAUCAAUCCUAAAUGUGCAUCUGACUGUUUCUGUUUUCAACCGGAGCUUCUAACGGCCGCUGCAGUGACGCGAUGACUUUAGAAUUUAGGAGGCGGGACUUAUUCCGCCAUAUUGCGCAUUGCACUUUCUCCCAUUCAAAACAAUACGAGUGACGCGUCUUGUGUUAUUCUAUAGUCUUUGAGGUUAUGGCCUACAAAAAUACAUCAUUCCUGUUACACUCUAUUUGUUUGAUAUUUUUGUACAUGAUACCUUUUACAUUUACCUCUUUGCCGACUAAAAAUGUUUGUUUUGUGACUGUCUACUUUGAUUUUCAACUGUUUUUUUUUUCCUGGCCAGUAAUAUGGAAAUCUUCAGUAGCUUUUUUGUAGCCAAGUUUUUUUUUUUUAGCUAUACAUCACGUGUCUAUAUAGAAACGGACAGCAUUUAAAUACAUUUAUGCUGAAAAAUAUUGACUGGAGUGAAAGUGUGACAGCUUGUCCCUGCCAUUUUCAGAUUUUGUACAAAGAAACACUUAUCAUCCAGUACUGUUUCCUGCGAGAACUAAUAGCAGUUAACUUGAGGUAAAUAUUUCUGAAUACACUAAUAUCAUUUACUGAAUCUAUUCCUAUGUUUUUAAGGUUUUUAUUAUAAAUGUCAGGAAGACUGUUAAGAAAAACGAAAUGUGAAUGUGACAUUGCAAUUGCAAAAAUAUCUUAGCAUCUAUUGUUUGACCUGUGAAUGUUUUUAGUUUUCAUAUGCACUUUUUAUAUUUUCCAUAAUGAUAUUUUUAUAAGCAUAUUUUAACGUUUUUAAUAGCAUAUAUUGGUUGAACUUAAAUCAUAAAUAUUUACUAUCUACUGUAUUUUAUACUAUUUUAAUAUUGUUUAUUGGAGCUAUUCAGAGAUGGAAGUUUAUGGAUAUUCGACAUAUGUCCCAUGAUGCACCAGCAGACUACAGAGAAUGACAUACUGAAUUGCAUUUAAGUGCAUUUUAAACCUUUUUGCAUGAUACGUCAAAAUAAAUCCUUUCUAAUGUC